AUGUAAUUUGGAUAAGUAUAAAACCAACUGUUAUUAGAGCAAUAAAGUGCAAAUAAUAACAGCUAGUUUGAUUAAAAGAUUGAACGAAGGCGAUUUUCGCUUUUAAAUGCAGAUAAAUCAUAGAGCUGUUCUCCUGUAAAGAAAUAGAAGAAAAAAGAUGCUAAAGAGGAGAAAAUAGACUUAGAUUUUGUAGAUGAAAACACCUUAAAUGCGAUUACGAGUAAUUUGAAGCUUUUUUAUGAAUUAGAAAUAGAAUAGUAUAGUAUAACUUAUAAUUAGUAGAUUAUGAACUUAAAGACAUAAAUAUAAAAAAAAGAAACAUAAGAAAAUAAUUUAGUGUCGGAAAUAAAGAGAAUUAAGUUAAAAUAUGAUUAGUUGCUUAUCGAUCAUGAGAUUUAAGUUAAGGAACUAAAUCAUAAAUACAAAUAUCAAUUAGAAUUAUUUAAAUGCUAGGUUGAGUAAUAAAUAAACGAAUAUUCCUCUUAGAUUGCUGAUGUUAUGAGUAAAAAUGCUGAACUUUUGGAUAUCUUAAGCGCAGAUCAUAGCAUUUGCUAGAAAUAUACCAGAUUAUUCAAAAAUUAUAAAAAUGGAUAAACUUAUUAAGAAGUGAUUACUAAGAAUAUAAGUUUGACAAAUGAAAUUAGGAUGAUGAAAAUAGAAUAGUAGAUAAUAUAGUAAGAUAAUUCAAACUAUAUUUAGCAUCUCUCAAAAUUAAAUAACAAAGUUAAUUUAUAUCAAAAACUCAAUGAAGAAAGAUAGUAAGAACUAAUUGAAAAAGAUUAAAUUAUUUAAUUGCAUUAGAAGUAGAAUGAAUAAAUGUAAUCAUAAUAUUAAACUCUCUUACAUGAGUUCUCAGCUAAAGUGCUUUCUUUAAUAAAACAAAAAGAUAUUUUAUAAGAUUAAAUUACAUAGCGAUUGUAAAAAUAGUUAAACGAAUCAGAAAAUCAAAAGAAGGAAUUUGUAAAUAAUAAUGAGCUAUUAGAGAAGAAUAUUUAGUACCUUUCUAACUAAAUUAAAGAAUACAAAAAGUAGAAUUUAGGUUUGUCUUAAAAAAUAUAUUCUUUGGAGCAAAAAAUCAAACACGAAAUUGAGAAUAGCACGUUAAAGAUAGAAACAAUGAGAAAUGACACUGCUAAGCUUAUCAAAUUACAUGAAAAAAAUAAUAUAACGAAAAAUGAUUAACAUAAUAUGCAAAUUUAAAAUUAAAAAUAGUAUUACGAGAAAUAAGUUACUGAUUGGAAGAACAAUUAUUACAAAGUUUCCUAAAAGUUAUGUGAGCUUGAGCAAAAUAUAACAAAUGGACCUAAAUACUAUCUAUAAAAAGCUUAUGAAGAUUACCAAUAAAACGUGUAGAGAACAGUCGAAGCAACUGAACAUAAAAUAUAAGAAAUAAUGUAGCAAAAUCUUAAGCUAUAGAAUGCUGUUAACUUAUAAAGUAAUGAAAAUUAAGCUCUCAAAGAUCAAGUUAUAGAGUUAAAAGAGUCAAAUUAAAAUUAUUUGGAUAUGGUGCAUAACUUUCAAAAAGAAUCUCUUCAGUAUUAAGAGAAAGCUCAAAUAAUGAGUUUGAUGUAUGAAGAGAAUAAAUAAGAGCUUAUUGAAAUAAAGUAGAGGCUUCAGAAAGAGUAAGAACUGAGGUAAAUUAUAGAAAAAGAGUAGUGUGAGUCUCAGCUAAAAUUAGAGCAAUAAAUAUAAAAUCUGAAGAGAGAAAUUAUCUCAAUAACUCAAUCAAAUAAAAAUUAAAAUCAUAUGCAAGAUUAAUUGAAUCAAUCUUUAAAGGUAGAGAAAAUCUCUUUAAAUACUUCUAAGCAUUUUAAUAUAAGUAAUUAAAUUUAAAAUUAAUAAAACUAGUUAUUGUCAGGAUAGAAAACAUAAUAUAAUAAUAGCAGUAUAUUUAAUACAAUUGGUUUAGAAAUAAAUCAAGAUCAAUCAAUAGAAUAAUUAUUUGAGCAAUCGUAACAGUUUAAUAUGCAAAAUAAGACAUAAUUAAAGUAAUCACAUGUGUAAAAUACGAAAAAUGCUAAUAAUUUUAUUAGUUAUGAUUUCUGGUAAAUGUAAUCGUUUUGCUCGAGAAUGAUGAGUGAUUUCUAAGCUAAUUUUGAGAAGACGCUCUCAGCUAUUAAAGACAAUAUUGAUAAAUAGUAUCAUAAUUCAUUUUUUAAAGAAAUAAGAUUAACUAUAGAAAAAGAUUCAAGAGUUUUGGAUCUACCUUUUGAAGAAAAAAAGCAAUUUACUUUAAAGGCAACAGAGUAUUUUGCAUUAGUUCUUGAUAGUAGAAUGAAAGAGCUAAAAAUACAAAUCCUAAUAAAUUAAAUUUCAAAUUUAAUGAACACUGAGCUAAAGGAAAAAGUAAAUCUUUAGACAUAGCUUGAAAAAGCUCUUAAAGAGAAUGUUGCUUUACAAAAGGCAAACCAGAAUAGAAUAGGGAAUGAAUCGGAGGAUUUUAAAAAUAUUUUAUAGAAUUAAAUUAACAGAUUAUUCUAAAACCUAAAAGAUUUAGACUCUUAGAAGCUGCAAUAAAUUGAAGUCAAGUAGAUAGAGCAAGCUAUUAAAAAGGAGUUAAGUACUCAAUACGAAACAAAGCUAAAUAUGGAAUUAGAAGAAAACAAAAGAUUUGUAUCAAACAUGAAGCAGGAAUACAAUAAUUUACUGAGGAUGCAUGAAGAAAGAGUCAGUGAUAUAACUAUUAAACUAGGAUCAGAAAUUGCUUUUCUACACUCAUAGCUUGAGAAAAAAAUUCAAGCGGCUGUUACUUUUAAUUCAUCUGGUAAAAUAGAAAAUCUAAACCAAAGUUUAUUUCCUUAAUCGUAAGUCUAAAAUUAAGAACAGUCAUCUUCCCCUAAGCAGAGAGAUAUGCCCUUAACCACUACUUAAAAUUUUUUAAAGAACUGCACAUAUUCGAACAAUAAAGAAAAUAAUAAAAGGAAUUCAUUAAAUAGCGAAAAUGGUAUGAGACAGAACACAUUAAUCUAAACUAUGUCUGUUCUUAAUUAGUCAAUUCCAUAUUAAAUUGUACUUAAAGCAGCAAAUCAAUCUGAAAAUCUUGAUAAAAAUAAAUAGAGGCAGUCUCUAAGGUUUGGAGGAAGAUAGAUAACAGUUUCUCAACAUUUGAAUACAACAGGUGAAAUUUCAACUUUACCUUCUUCUAAUUAAUAUUAUAUGAAGAAUAAUCUCCAUUCAUAGUCAUUAGAACAUGGGAUUGACAUAAAUUGCUCUCCAUAAUACUCUUCAUCAAAUUCAAAAGAAAAAGAAUUAUUUUCAAAACCAUCACUCAGUUACUCUUUCGAAAAUAAUAAAGAAAUACAACUUCCAACUUCGAUAAAAUCAGAAUUAUAAAAUAAGAAAUUCAAUACAAAAAAAUAUUUAAAUUAAAGUGUAGAUAUUUUAGAGGGAAUUCGAGAAGAAAAAUAAAAUAGACUAAAUGAUUUUCUUAACUCAGAUAUCCUUGAUGUUUCAUCGAAAGAAAAUAAAAGUAACACUUUUAAUGACCACGAGUUGAGAAAGACAUACUAGCACUUUGUACUCCCUUCUAAAAGCGUAGAGCCCACCUUGAGUAGAGCUGCGUAGAGUGGUUUGGGUACUAAAAAGAAUUUUUUAAAUUCAACAAUAUCUGUCUUAAAAGACACCUAGUUCAGCUCAAAGUCUUAAAAUAAUAAAAAAAUUAUGCGCUUAGGAUAGAAAAAUACCUUAUAGGGAAUGUCGCCAGCAUAAUAAAAUAUAAAUAACAAAGGACAAAUUUAAUAAAACUUUAAACAUUUUAGUAACCAAAAUAAUCUGAGCAGAUAAAAAUUUAAACUGAGUCAGCUUGCUCUUAUUUCAAACGAAUCUAUCAAUAUUUAGAUGCAGCUCUCAAAUUCAAAUUAAGGCUUUAAUACUAAUACUUAUAAUUCUAUUAAUAAAUAAUGA